AUGCUCCUCGUUCUGCACUGCUCUCUUGCAGACGAGUACGGACAAGGAGGUUGUGGCGGAAGUCGCUAUCAGUGCAGAGAACGUGUAUCUUAUUCUGUCAAAGCUUCGCGAUACAAGCAAACGGCGUAUCGAGAGCACUACCGUUACGAGUGUAAACAGUGGUGGAAAUGGGGUCGCUGCACAGGUUACAGGACGAAAUACAGAAGCAAUAUCGAGUACUACACGAGAACUGCGUACCGAUACCAAUGCCGACCGUGCAACAUUGAUUGUCGAGUGAGUGGGUGGUCGUCAUGGACCUGCACUGCUCCCUGUUGUGUUGCGCUGCGCGAAAGAAGAACUCGUACCUUGCAAGUUCCUCAGUCUGGAUCGGGAAGAAGUUGCCCUAGUCUCGAAGAAAGGCGAACUCGAUACGAUGAUAACAAAGCGUGUUACAUCGAUGGAAAAUGCUACAAGCAACUCGAAAAAAGCCCCAACGGCUGCAAUCAAUGCCAAAAGGACUAUUCAAGAAAUUAUUGGAAAAGGCUUUCCGAAGGAACAUGCGACGACGGCAACAGUUGCACGGCUAAUGAUACCUGUCAGUCCGGAUGUUGCAUCGGAAAACCAUACAGAUGCCUCCACUGCCAGAGGUGCAAUGGCGAUGGCACUUGCGGUCUUGCGUUUGGUUGCGUCACGUCACCGUCUACGUGCGGUUGCCGCAUCGGCAAUGACUGUUACCGCGACGGACAAUUGAAUCCAGACAACGGAGGACAAAUGUGCGAUUAUAAUGAGAGUGCCCAGAAAUGGUCGAAUGUGUCGGCAGGAUAUGACACUGUCGUGUUGCCUAAUCCUAAUGAUUGAGACGACUGCCGCGCUGUUGUCUAUGCCUAGACAUACCUAAAGUUUGAUCGCGUUUUUUUGACUGUUCAGCACUAUAAUCAAUCUUUUAGACAUGACGUUUGAAUUAGAUUGCGUAUAUGAUGUUUGCUCUCUAGUGUACAUGUGCUAGUGUGACCUUAGCUUAUUGUUUGACGUUGUUGACUGAUUGUGGUAAUUACAAAUUGUGUUUUUAACUUUGUUUACUGCAGUAUAAUAUAAAAUUUGUGGGUUUGGGCUUCCUGGA